AUGGACACCACAGAAACUGAAGCCAGCCAAGUCAUCGUCUUGCUGAAUCAAGGCCUUAAGCAGAGCGAAGUUGCUGAACAGCUGAAUUUAAGUCAGUCUGCUGUCUCCAGAGUCUACCAAAAGUUCACAUGGACUGGAAGGCUUGCUCAGAAACCUGGAUGUGGCCGUCCCAGGUGCACAUCGAGGAGAGAGGACCACUUCAUUGUUGCGGCCACUCUGCGUGAUCGACACCGUACCGGCGUUGACAUCCAGCAGCAGCUGAUGCAGGACCGAGAGCAACCAGUGAGCUCUUGGACAGUUCGGCGAAGACUUAAGGAAGCCAACCUUACCCCAAAAAGGCCGACCACAGGGCCCAAACUGACCGGGAGGGACUCGGUUCUCCCCUCCAUUGAUAUCCCCGCCCAAAUCAUGACGGAACCUCCACCGUAG